GUUCGUCACAGUUGAACUAAUGGAGUAUGCUCACUCGAAACCUCUCUCUACGACUCACCAGAUUACUCUGCACGGCGACCGCAAAACCAUUUAUACAAAACCAAACUGCAACUCCAGACACCAAUCUAAAGCCCCUCAACUCGAAAAUCUCAACUUUAAUGAGGGAUGGCUUUGUGGAAGAAGCCCAGAAGCUGUUCGACAAAAUGCCUCGUAGAAACACCGUCACGUGGAAUGCCAUGAUUCGCGGCUACUUUCUAAAUGGGCAGUUCCAAGAUGCGAUUAAUUUAUUUAGUCGGAUGACUGAGCGUGAUGUUUUCUCGUAUAACACCAUGAUUACCGGGUUGAUGCAAUGUGGGGAUGUGGAUGGUGCAAGGCAAGUCUUUGACAGGAUGAUUUAUAGAGAUGUUGUCACUUGGAAUUCAAUGGUUUCCGGGUAUAUUCGUAAUGGGAUGAUUGGUGAAGCGGUACACGUGUUUGAUGGGAUGCCAUUGAAGGAUGUGAUUUCAUGGAACUUAGUGGUUGGGGGUCUUGUGAAUUCUGGAGAGUUUGAUUUGGCUGAAAAGUAUUUUAAGCGAAUGAAUAUUCGAGAUUUGGCCUCUUGGACUAUAAUGAUUUCGGGGUUUUCUAGUGCAGGACGUGUUGUUGAAGCCCGAGAACUCUUUGAUGGCAUGCUUGUGAGAGAUGUUCAGGCUUGGAAUGCUAUGAUCCUUGGGUAUAUAGAAAACGGGGAUGUUGCAAUUGCUGAGGGGUUGUUCCAGAAAAUGCCCAAGCGGGAUUUGGAAUCUUGGACUCUAAUGGUGAAUGGGUUGGUCAAGGUUCAAAGAAUUAAUGAUGCCUUGGAGCUUUUCAUGGAGAUGCCAGAGAAAUGUCCAAAAACCUGGAACUCGAUUAUUUUUAAAUUAGUAAGAAAUGGGCUCACUAGAGAAGCUCAUGCUUUUCUUGAGAAAAACCCUUACAAAGAUGUUGUAUCAUGGACAAAUAUGAUUGUUGGGUAUUUGGGAAUUGGAGAGGUUGGCAGUGCAAUUGAACUCUUUGAAUCAAUGCUAACUCGAGAUACAGCGGCAUGGAACGCCACAAUAUUUGGAUUAAGUGAAAAUGAUCUUGGUGAAGAAGGUUUGAAGCUUUUCAUUAGAAUGAAAGAAUCAGGGCCAUCCCCAGACAAAAAUACGUUUACUAGUGUUUUGACAAUCUGUUCAGACUUACCAACCUUACACCUUGGUAGGCAAACUCAUGCACUCACAGUAAAAGCGGGAUUUGAUCACUGCGUUGCAGUGUCCAAUGCUAUGGUUACCAUGUACUCAAGAUGUGGGAAUAUGGAUUUUGCUUUGUUGGAAUUCUCUUGCAUGAAAAGUCAUGAUGUCAUUUCUUGGAAUUCUAUAAUCUGCGGAUUCGCUCACCAUGGGAAUGGUGAAGUAGCUUUGGAGAUGUUCGAACAAAUGAGAUCAACAGAUGUUCAACCCAAUCACAUAACUUUUGUUGGUGUUCUGUCUGCUUGUAGCCAUGCGGGGUUGGUGGACCAAGGCAGAUACUACUUUCAUAUGAUGAGAUGCAAGUAUUUCAUUGAACCUACAACUGAGCAUUAUACAUGUGUUGUUGAUUUGUUGGGGAGAUUUGGACUUAUAGAUGAGGCAAUGAGUUUUUUAGAUCAAAUGAGAGCAGAUGGAUUUGAAAUUCCUGCAAGUGUAUGGGGGGCAUUACUUGGAGCCUGUAGAAUCCACAAGAAUGUUGAGGUGGGUGAGAUUGCAGGGGAGAAGGUUUUGGACAUAGAGCCCGGUAAUUCUGGUAUAUAUUUGAUUUUGGCAGAAAUGUAUUUAAGUAUUGGAAGAAAAGAAGAUGCGGGGAGGAUUUGGACAAGAAUGAAAGAGAAAGGAGUCAAGAAGCAACCUGGGUGCAGUUGGAUUGAGGUUAACAACAUUGGGCAUGUAUUUCUUUCAGGGGACAAAUCCCACCCCAAAUUUUGUGGGAUCUAUUCUGUAUUAGAGAUACUGCAUACAGAGAUCGAGACUGAAAUUGCAGAAUCAAAUGCUGCAUCAUUUCAGCAUGUAAAAGUUGCAUAGGUUAGGGUAUUAUGGCUGAGGUUUUGUUGCACAUGCUUUUAUAUACGUAUUUAGGGGUUGAACAAAAGCAAAAGAAGAUCUCAGUGUAAUUUUCUAAUCGGAUAAUGAGGACUUGGGAAA